GUAAAAGUGUCAGAUGAAGAUGAGACACAAUAGAGUGUGUGUUGAUGAGGCUACUACCUGUGGUCAAGUGACAAUCAUGUGGAAGCCAAAUGAAAAAUAGCCAGAUUCAUUGCAUUAUACAAACAGGUUUAAACACAACGUGAAUUUCAGUGCCAAUGUUUUUUCCCGAGGUGUCUGAAACAUCCAAAGUUGUUGCUUCUCUUAUUCAGUCAAGAACAUUCAACAGAGUUACACCAAAGUGAUGUAUCACGUCGUUGCGUGGCUCUUUUUCGUGCAAAUAUAUCCCAAUGUCUGCCAAGAUGGCAUUGUGUUCAGGGAUGAAAUGUUUGAAGUGGGAAGUAUGUGUCUAAAUCCAACAGGACCAGGAGUCUGUACCUUUGCUGAAAAUUGUGGAAUCACUCUGACUGAAAUGUUUCAUAGACAACCGACAAUUUGUUACUUUCAUUUGAACCGUAUUCCAGUAAUAUGUUGCCCAGCUAGUAGAGUCAUUCAACGCAUAGACAAAACUCCUCCGAAGAAAACAACCACAUCCAGUUAUAUUCCUACAACACCUAGUGAUAUUCCUAGUCCUUCAACUGAAGUCCCAAUUAUUCCAAGUGAAGCUCCAAUUACUACAAGUAGUAAACCUACCACUGUGACUGAUCUAACGGAGCCUCCAGAACUUCCUCCCAUGCCUUCAAAACUUCCUCCCAUUCCUCCAAAACUUCCUCAAAUGCCUCCAAAUCCUGAUCCAACUAUUUCUAGUAGUGAUUCGAGUGUUUUUAAUGAGGAUCCUCAUCUUGUGAGUAAUAUUCCAAGUAUUUCAAACACAGAUUCUAAUAUUCCAAACGAUGACAGUAAUAUUUUAAAUAAUACUCCAAUAAUAUUGCAAAACGGUACUAGCCUUCAAUUUGAAACUCCAACUAUACUAAAUACCGAUUACGAUCUUAUGGAUAAAGAUCCCGAUAUUUCAACUUCCUUCCCAACACUAUCAAGCAAUGAUCCUACAGUCCUUAAUAAUGCUACAACUCCUUCAACUAUUGGCUCAAUUCUACCCAGUGAGAUAGACGAUAUUUCAAGUAAUGACACCUUAAAUUCUAUUGGUGAUCCUAAUCUUGUGAGUAAUGAUCGACCCUUGAAUGUGCCAAAUCUUCUUUUUGAAGAUCCUGUUAUUCUAAGUACCGCUUCAACUGCUCCGAACAAUGAUUCCAAUUCUUCUGAUAAUGAUCCUCUAAUGAUUGGUUUUCCAAUUCCGAGUUUAUCUGAAACUGAUUCGAACCUUUCUGGCACAAUGACUAAUCCAUUAAAUAAUGGUUCUGGAGUAUCUGAUGAUCCUAGUGCUCUUUCCAAUAAUGAUUCAAAUCCAUCAAUUAAUGGUUUACCUCUUCUUUUUGAAGAACCAGUAAUUUUGAGUAAUAUUUCAAGUUCUUCAACCUCUUCAACUAAUCAAUCGGAUUUUCCAAUUCGGUCAAGUGAAGAUUCAGCAACGACUAGUGAAAUACUUGAAUCUCCUGAUAGCCCAAUUUCUAUUAACACUAAUUCAUCCACUUUGCAAGAUGAUUCACCUGCCUUUCCUACCCUUAUUCCUGUUCUGACAAAUGUUGCUUUGGAAAGUUCUUCAAAUACAACGGAAACUCUUGCAUCAGGAUCACUUAGAGUGAGCGCAAUUAAGUGUAGGGAAUAUACACAAAAUUACACUUCACAGACAAUCACUGAAUCUCAAAUGUCAAAUUUCAACACUGAUGUUAUUGGUGGUGUUUCAUCAUCUCCUGGGGAAUUUCCCCAUAUGGCAGCUCUUGGCUACGAAGAUGCUGAUGAUGCAGAUAUUGUAUAUUUUUUUUGCGGUGGAAGUCUCAUAAGUGAAAGGUACAUUUUGACCGCGGCCCAUUGCUUCUUAAGGAAUAGUGCAGAAUUUGCUCGUUUGGGUGAAUAUGACAUCACAUCGGCUGCUGAUAACAAUAAUGUGGCGGAUUUUGAUAUUGCAAAUGUAAUAACUCAUCCUCAAUAUCGGAGCUCAUCUGUCUACAAUGAUAUAGCAUUGGUUUUGCUGGAUACAGAUGUUAUAUUAGAGCAAUUUAUUCGACCAGCUUGUCUCAAUUAUCAAGAAGACACUAGUAGUUUCGAAUUAGUUGCUACAGGAUGGGGCCACAAUACAUUUGGCGGAGAAGAGACACCUCUUUUGCAGAAAGUCAAACUUGCAAUUUUCCCCACUGAAUUAUGUUCUAUACACUAUGCUACCGAACCUACAUUGAGAGAUGGUAUACUAGAUUCACAGAUUUGUGCAGGAUCCAAUUCAGCAUUAAGAGAUCCCUGUCAUGGUGAUUCAGGUGGGCCUCUAUCGUAUCACAUGAAAGACUCAAAUACUUCCAACAAUAAUUACUACAUCGUUGGCAUUACGUCUUAUGGAAAGGAAUGUGGCACAAAGGUUCCAGCUAUCUACACACGAGUAUCAUCCUAUCUCGAUUGGAUUGAAGAAAUUGUAUGGAAUGAAAAUACUUUUAACGAAAACAACACAAAAUAGUUUCAUCACAAAAAGUUGAUAAUAAAAUGUAGUAAAGAGGUAUUUUGCGGAAUAUGUAAACGGGUUUUGCUAAUUAAAUGGUAUCUCACAA